CGUAAAAAAAUUACGAUUGGAAUAGAUCGUGCUUUUUCAUAAUAUAUCAAGUCUAGCGGCAUACAUAGUCGCUGCAUAUAGCAAUAUAUUCUCUAUCGUCACCAUACUGCUGUGUCCACAAAUGUCCUUUAUGGAUAAUAAUCGGUUAAAUCUUCCUAGGUAGGACAAAAUAUAUAGAGCUAGAGCCAAAGAAACGACAAAUCGACGUUCGUGCAGGGUUUAGAGAAAACCAGUGCAUCGCCAGCAACGUACGCGUGUGUAGUGAUAUCUCUAUUCGGAAAUGAAAUAGCGAUCACUCGUGGAAGUCUUUGAAGUAGUAUUAUAGUCAAUCAAUAUCGUAUCGUAUCUUCGCCUGGGAAGGAGGAUAUAUCUGGGUGCUUAUGGUUCUCGACCCUGGUCCACUUCAGGUUGAAACGUAUUUAUACAUAUAUAUAUAUAUAUAUAUAUACAUUAUAAAGUUUGAAAGCCAAACUCGUUGUUAUAGGAUAUAUCAUUGUUUAUAUAGAAGCCACAGUACUGCACAAGCGCAAACCAGUUCAAGAUGACAAAUGAGGUUGUGGCUACUGGUAUGGACCUGCCACCGCAGCGCGGGUCGCUGGAUAUGACUGCGUUGCUUCAUGCAGCUGAGCUACUCAGAUUGGAAGAAGAGGGUACCUUGGAUCCCAAGACACUUGCCAGCUAUGGCUUGGAUCGCGAGAAGUUCUACGGUUGCGUUGCAGGGUCGUAUCGGUCAAGGUCCGUGUCGGAGUCAGGACUACCGAUCUACGGCACGACCAAUCAACAGCACAAUGACCAACAGUGCUCGUCAACUAUAGAGCAAUCGUAUAAUUCAGGCUCCUCAACGCACUCAACAAUCGGAAAGACAAAAAAGCGGUCGAUCAAAAAUCGGGAGAUGCACAACCUGCUCGAAAAGAACAGACGCGCACAUUUAAAGAGUUGUUUCGACGAUUUGCGUGAUUCUAUACCUGGGUUAGAAGACGGGAAGCAAUCGACUGUCUUAAUCAUCGAGAAGGCCUCAAAGCAUAUCACAGGCCUAAGUACGAAACACAAACAACAAUUAGCCGAAAUCAAUCGCCUGAGGCAUUUGAAUCAGUGGUGUGCGGAAAAACUGCUUGAGCUGGGAGGCAUGGACACGGAUGAGUUCGCUUCAGUUCAGUACGAAUGCACCCGGAGCUUAUUAACUCCAGAGUCUGAGACGGGAUCAACACAUGGCAGCUCGUCCGAAUCACAUGCCAGGCAACGAACGAUUUCUGAGUCUAGCGCGUCGAUGAAUCAGCAUGUGCUGCGAACAAUGAAUCCAGGAAUUUCCUCAUCAACGACGGGUCCUACUGAGCAGUAUCCUGUUGGAAUGGUGAUACCCACUUCCUCUUGAUUCUGUACAAGUUUAGUAUUCACAUACAAAAAUGCUGGUCGCACCAAAGCUGUAUUAUGGCCUCAGCUCCAGAGCAUACCACAGAUGCAUAUACAAGCUAGAAUGGCUUAACUUAAAGUGCUCCCAUCUACUGGAGAUCGGCAUCUCAGUAUCAAAUACCGAUGCCUUUGUUCUGCUAUGCCACGUCAUGCCCUAGAUUGUCAGGCGGAAGCUGACCUAUGCCAUUCAAAUCUUUCUAACAAAAGAGUGCCGACCAGACGAGCGUGUAGUAACGAUUAGGGUUGACCGGUCACAGGUUAGGUAUUAUCUCUGUUCAAGGAAAUGCACCAUGCCAUUGUAGUGCUCUUGAGAUAGAAUAAAACAGAACAGCACUGAGCUGAUGAUUAUUUUACUAUUCACGAGUAUACACAUAUUUUGUUUUCUAGUACUGCCCUUGACAACUACGG